CUUGCGCACAAAGCCUCACAACUUAUUUGCUGCGGCAGAGUUCUGCUCCCUUCUUCUUGUAGUACUCAACCCUCAUUUUAAUACGAUGUCCACAAAACCCAAAUCUCCAAAUCCCCACCGUGACACACACGCCCUCAUCGAGCUCACAAAAUCCUCCCAAAUCCUCCUCAGCCACUUCCAGUCCUCUCUCACGCCGGUGCCGGCGUCAUUCUCCGCCGUGCCUUCUCACUCCUCAAUCUCGGCGUCUACUUCCGUACCGAACCCCCUCGAUGUCGUGAAAACAACAACUACGCUUCUGAAAUCGCACACGACGACUCUCUCGCUACUCCUCCUAACCCCACCGCUCACUCCCUCGGCACUGAGCAAGAAGAUAGGCGAUGUGUCGUCUGGGGUGCUGAGCGGGAUGGUGGCCGCGGUGUCGGGUGCUCCACAACCCGGGCAACAAGAUGGGCUGGGCGAGGUCAUGCGUGCGGAGCUGAGGGCGCAAGUGCGAAGAGUGCUGGGCGCUUGGGGAGAUGUCCUUGCCCACCUUCUUAAAUUCGUGGAGAGGAGAGAGGGGGUGGAGGGGAAGGGUAAAGGGAAAGACGAGGGUGUCACCGAGUCGGAGAGGCAAAAUAUUCUCGCUUCAACGGGCGUUGUCUGGGAAGCUUGCGAUGCCUUGCUCAAGCUGUGUCAGGAUGGCGUGGUUGGCUUGGUGGUUAAGAAGGCGGAGAGCUGGAGGGCGACAUUGAUGGAUGCUGUUGAGGAACUCAAGGAGUGGGGUGAGAAUGUGGAAGAUGAGGAGGAAGACGGGGAUAAAGCUGAAGGGAGUGAUGGGGGCAGGGGAGAGUUUGGAGAUGAGGACGGGAUAUUCGGCGCGGCAAAUAAAUUGAGCAAGGGGGAUAAGGAGCUCAAGGAAUUGCUGGAUGUGAGCGUGAAGAAGUUGAAGAUGGUGGGCAUGCUGUAUCAGGCGUUGAGUAAGAGGAGGUUGAAGACUUUCCCAGCUGUACCUACAUCGAAGGUUGAGACGAAUGGGGAGGGUACUGUGGCUCUACUUGAUCCCAUGGCCAAGCUUGAUAAACUUAUGGGGAUCCUCAAAUCAAUACCGGAAUGUGCUGACGAAUUGGCGAGCUCUUUUUACAACUUAGAUGAAGAAGAAGCAAGGCAGACGCUCGACACGUGUUGUGGAGAAGCGAAAAUUGCUAUUGAACUGGUCAAGCAGAGCUGGAGUGGGAAAGAUGAUGAGUUCACCACUUGGUCGGAGAAGUGGGUUGGAGCAUUAGAAGUAUCGUGA